GGAGCGCGGGGUUUGAUGGGAAGGAGUUGGCCGGGCCCAUAUCCCUGUCACUGGCUGGUGCUGUCCGCUCUGGAGGCGGACUGCGCGGUGGUGGCCGAAACUGGCAGAGGUGGACGCCAGCGCCGGGCUUUGCCCGUUUCUACCUGAAGCUGUGAAUUCCUUUGGACAACUGAUGAUAUUUAUUAUUGUGCCCAGUUUCUACAAAUGAAAAAUGGGUGGAUUAUUUUCUCGAUGGAGGACGAAACCUUCAACUGUAGAGGUUCUGGAAAAUAUAGAUAAGGAAAUUCAAGCAUUGGAAGAAUUUAGGGAAAAAAAUCAGAGAUUACAAAAAUUAUGGGUUGGAAGAUUAAUUCUGUACUCUUCAGUCCUCUAUCUAUUUACAUGUUUAAUUGUAUACUUAUGGUAUCUUCCGGAUGAACUUACAGCAAGACUUGCCAUGACACUCCCAUUUUUUGCUUUCCCGUUAAUCAUCUGGAGCAUAAGAACAGUGCUUAUUUUCUUCUUUUCCAAGAGAACAGAAAGAAACAAUGAAGCAUUGGAUGAUUUAAAAUCCCAGAAGAAAAAAAUACUUGAAGAAGUCAUGGAAAAAGAAACUUAUAAAACAGCUAAAUUAAUUCUUGAAAGGUUUGAUCCAGAUUCAAAGAAAGCAAAGGAGUUUGAGCCACCGUCUGCUGGAGCACCUGUAACUCCAAGACCUGGACAAGAGAUUCGUCAGCGAACUGCCGCUCAAAGAAACCUUUCUCCAACACCAGCAGGCUCCAGCCAAGGCCCUCCUCCGCAAAUUCCAGUUUCUCCUGGACCACCAAAGGACACUUCAGCCCCUGGUGGACCCCCAGAAAGAACUGUUACUCCAGCCUUAUCAUCAAAUGUGUUACCAAGACGUUUUGGAUCCCCUGCUACUUCAGUGCCUGGAAUGGGUCUUCAUCCUCCUGGUCCACCUUUAGCAAGACCCAUUCUGCCUCGAGAACGAGGUGCUCUGGAUAGAAUUGUUGAAUAUUUAGUUGGUGAUGGUCCACAGAACAGGUAUGCCCUUAUAUGUCAGCAGUGUUUUUCUCACAAUGGCAUGGCUUUGAAAGAAGAAUUUGAGUACAUUGCUUUUCGUUGUGCCUACUGUUUUUUCUUGAAUCCUGCUAGAAAAACCAGACCCCAGGCUCCAAGACUUCCAGAAUUUAGUUUUGAAAAGAGGCAGGCAUUGGAAGUCUCAAAUACAGUUGGUUCCUUGCCCUCAGGAAGCGUAAUUUCAUCAGAGAACCAGAUCAAUGAAGGAGGAGCAAUACCCCAGAUGUCUCAUUUUCUGUCAGAAACCUCCGGAAUGAAGUCUAACUGGCUCAAACUCAACCCUAAUAAGGAUGAGGCAUAAGGCUUUUGAAAUUUUUGGACCACUCUUGGAACAACACAUGAAACCUUGGAAAGGUUUCAUCAAAGAAGGAGCGCUCGCUAGAAGAAAGAAAUUCCUCCUGUUAACUGCUCAUUUGAAUUCCUAAAAUUUUUUCUAAAACUAUGUACACAGAUGUUUUGGUAAUAAAACAUUAGAGAAAACAAAAAAAUUAAGACUGUCACUUUAUUCUAAGGGCAUGCUAGAUAUGGUAUGUCAAAGUAAUGAGCUGGUUUUUAGUUUCUUUGGUUUCUUUUAUUGUGAAAUGAAUAGUACAGUAAUAUUUGAGUGUCUGCUAAGCCGUGUUAAAGUCAGUUUAUCAGUUUUUCUUCUUUUUAAAAUGUGUUUUUCAAAAUAAUUGAUUCAUAGCAUUCUUUUUGUUAGAUAUGAUAAUAAUUAGAGUACAAGGUUACUACACUAUUAAUAUUCCAGUAUAGUGAUUUGGAGUUAGCAUGUUUAAAAAACGUUAAUACUGUUUUCGUUGUUCAGUUAUAUUUAGUUAGAUCUUAUGUAAUUCUUUUAGUAGAAUAUAGCUUUUAUUCACUGGAAAUAACUUGCUAGUAAUAAAACUCAUGGCAUCUACUUAGUACUAUCGAAAAUAGCAAGUACAAUUUAUAUAAGGUGAAAUUUAUCUUGAAAUCCGAUUUUUGCUCUUCCCUUUCUUUUGUUUCAACAAUAAUACUGUUACCCUUAGGUUAUGUUGAACUAAGGAAAGUUCUGUUUUUAGUUUUGCUUAUUAGGUGCUUUAGGAAAUUGUACUAUUUGAUAAUGUAGAUUUUAUUGAAUUCUAUGUAUCAGAUCAGAAAAACUUAUUUUUAGCUAUGUAUAGCUUACUCAAGAUGUAAACUUGCCUAUAUUAUGUUUUUUUCAUGCUUGUUUUAGACAUAGAGAUCUUUUAGCCUGUUGGUUUCCUUUUCUGAAACACCUUCACCUAAUAGUUUUACAUUAUUGCUUAAUAAUGACAUUCUAAUGACUCAUCUAAUGGAUUUGUUCACAAAUGGUAAAUAAUUACACAACAUCUUUAUGUUUAAAAUGAGCUAUUUUCUCAUAGGUGGUUAUCAUUUAUUUGAAUUUUAUUCAUUGAGCCAGUAAGUUGCAUUUUGGGAUGAAAUUUGUGUCUUUGGUCCUUGAAUAUAAGUUGGCUGUUUUUCUUAAGGCAGAAAAAUCUUUAAAACACUUUAAAAUCUGUGAGUUAAAGACAAAUUGUCCAUUUUAAUUUAACAAAUUUCCUUUGGGUGAGUUUUAUAGUCUGUACAUAUAGUAGGUACUGAUAUGUUAGCAAGGCAAAUUUUUUUUAAAGUUAUUGUAAAAAGGAAUAAGAAGUAAGAAUCUAAAUCACCAAAAUAUUAGGAGUUUUGGAAUACAUAAUAUAAAUAGACUCAUGUAUUUUGCUGCAGAAAUUAUGUGUUUCUUUUGGAGAUGUAUGAAAUUGUUUUGUUAACUAUUCUUUAAUUUUUUUAGAGAAUUAUCCUUUCAAGAGCUAGAAUAAAAACCUAAAUGGACGGUGGUCUUCUUAAAUGUUUUUGCAUGUUUGUGGUUUAUAGGUGAGGCAGUGGCAGUGUUCAUUAUACAGUUACAUUCAGUUUUAUGAGGUUGAGCUAUCUAGCUGAAUUGAAGCUUUACCCAACCAGAAGCCAAUUGUUACAAUUUGGUGGGAAAAGCUUUUCUGUCAAGAAUAUUGGGGUAGGAGAAUAGAAGGGGAAGGAGUCAGGUAAGGAACAAAUCCCAUGGAUCAUUUUUGUUUUAUCACAUUGUGAUAGAUUGUUUUCUUGGCAUUACAGAUGUCAAAGGUGAUUUAAAAAAUUUUCCUACAGAUGGAAUUAGGUCAUUCGAGUAACCUUGUAUUAAUUUUAGUCUUAAACUGGUGCUGCACAGGGAAGAGUAGACCUGUUUAAUUAGUGUGAACAUGAAAUAUGGUUUCUCUUUUGGUAUUUUAUGCCCAAAUAUUGACAUCUACUGUAAUGAAUUUUAUACCACCAAGCUAUUAUAUAUAAACUACAGCUUCACAGAAGAAAUUUACUGUUUUUAUUAGAACAGGCAAAUGAUACUCUCCCACAGAAAAAAAGUAAGUACUUUUGGAAUAUAUUUAAUUAUGUUUUUAUGAAGUUCUGUGGUUUAGUUAUUAAACUGGUAUGUAAUUAAAUUUCUGUUAAUCUUGUGCAUCUAGUUCACUUAAAGCUUGUAGUGAUGACCUCUCACAAAAUGACACUGACAUACAUACACUGAAUAUCUGUGUUGUUUAGACUAGCUGAUAUCUGCAUUAUAGGUAUCAUGACACGUACCAAAUUUUUGUAGCAUUAACUGCUAUUAAUAUUACUUUUCUACAGAUUAACCUGGGGGAAGAAAAGUAGUCAUUUAAUACGCUUUUUGUUCUCAAACCCUAUUCAUCAUUUCACCAUUUUUUAGUCUUCUGUAUAUUUUCUGAAAUACAAUAUAGUAUUGAUGAGCAGGUUUUGUGUAUAAUGUUAUUUUCUAAUUAUGAAAAUAAUUGACUUUUGUAGAAUUCACGUGUAUUUCUUAGAAUUCACCUCUAUAUAUGUUAACAAAAUUAAGUAUUAUAAUUUUUCUCUUUGUAUUAACUGCUUCUUUAAGAUUCCAGAAUUUUAAAAUUUGUAUUGUAUUUGACUGGGGAUGUGUCUGUUUCUGAAAAUAAUUACAUCACAAAGCUUUAAUAUCAUAAAUCAUAAACUUUGAUACCUCUCCUGUUUAAUACUGAGUUAAUCUGUCAAAACAGAUAACAAACUAUGUGGGCCCAUGUUCACUGAAGCAUGCUUAUUGAUGAGUUGAGUCCUGAGUUCUGAGCUUUUUGUUUUUUCAUUUCGUGUAACUUUAUUGGAGGGUUUACUAAAUCAUAACCACUUGUAAAAUUCUUGGCAAGUAAGUAUUGCUCUAUGGCCAGAGAGUGGUAGAAAACAGUGACUCUUAAAAUUCUACCCUGGAUAAAUUCUGUGAAGGUAGAAUUACAAAUGGUUAUUGACUUAGCUUGUGGCUCAGCUGGUAAAGAAUCUACCUGCAAUGUGGGAGACCUGGGCUCAAUCCCUGGGUUGGGAAGAUCCCCUGGAGAAGAGAAGGGUUAUCCACUCCAGUAUUCUGGCCUGGAAAAUUCCAUGGACUGUAUAGUCCAACGGGGUCGCAAAGAGUUGGACAAGACUGAGUGACUUUCACUUAUUGACUCCUGAAGUGUUCCACUAAACAGUUUGCUUGCCCUUGUAGCAGAAAUGGUCUGUACAUGUCCAUAGAGUUUCAUUUCACUUUCUGCUUUUCCUUUGACCACUGGAUAUAACACAACUUCAUGUAACACGACUCGACCUCCUGCUUUUCAACUUUGGAUUUUUGUAAGAUUCCAAGUGGUGCACAGUGCCAUUUUAUGUUCCUUUUACAAUAAAAAUAGCAUUUUUGUGACAUGUGAACAUUCCUCAUCUUUUUGUGAGCAUAUGAAGUUUCCAUACAGUAAACCCCAUUAACUUAGAUGUCCCUAGCUAUGCAGUUUUGGCUUUUUGUUCUAUAUAUAAAAAGAGAGAAAGAGAUUGUGAUUAAUUCCAUAAACUAGAGUUGAAAAUAUCUUUAAAAAUAAGUUAAAAAAUUAUUUUCAACUCCACAUAGAGUAUGUUAUAUAAUUUGUAUUUAUUAAAACUGAUAUGAUAAAACCAUGAAUUUAUAAAACCUCCAUGUAAACGUGUACAUAUUUUCUUUAAAAAGUAUUAAUUUUGUUAUCAAAAUACUGGCAUUUAUUAUAUGCUAAGUUGCUUUGGUUGUGUCCGACUCUUUGCGGCUCUAUGGACUAUAGCCCGCCUGACUCCUCUGUCCAUUGGAUUCUCCAGCAAGAAUACUGGAGUGGGUUACUAUUCUACAAGGAACAAAAGUAGAACUUUUUACUAGUGUAAACUAGCCUGUCCUCCAGAUUUUUGAAACAGUAGCAUUUGUAAUAUAAGGGAUCAUCUGUGAGGGUAUGAAAAUCUCCUUAUUUGCUUUGCUUGAUGUAGUUUAACCAUAUUUCUCCUAGCAGUAAUAUUAGUUGCUAUUUAUUACAGAAACAAAACACAGAAACACCUCAAAGUUAGGUGUUUAUCUUUGAUUUGGAAAUUGAGUGGCCCAAAACUCUGCUCCUGUCAUUUCCUUCCCUUUCCUAUUCUUUAAACUUUGAGGAAUUAAAGUUAUUAAAUUAUUAUUAAGAGAUAUGAGUUUAAUGACACUCAAAAGAGAGUUUGAAGGGAGUAAACCUUCGGAUUAGGAACCAAUGCCCUUACUUGGCCUCUGCUAAUGGAGACAGAGGCAAAAGACUCUUCCCUUUCGCUCCCUAGCAUUCAAGGUAUGUAGCAUAUUCUGACCCAGAGGUUUAAAUCCCAAGGACUUGUCUUGCACAGGGAUGAAGGAAGACUUGUCUUGACUUUGGAAAAGGUGGAUCCAGACCCCCACAGUCAUGGAUAAUAGAGGUGUAAAUCAGUGUGGGAAAUCACACCACCUAUACACACAUAUGCAUCCUACAAAGGUACACAUUUACGCAUUGGUCACAGUGUUGCCUGGACGCAAGAGACACUAGUUCCUUCAGGAAACAUAAUCUGGGAGUUAGUGCAUUUGCUGCUUUUGCUGGGCUGUUGUUGUCUUAUAAUACAUAAUUCUAUUUUAAUUUUGAUAUAUUCAGACAUUCAGCUUUCAAAUCCAUCUUUAGGAAGGUUCUUAAGUAUUAUGAUAGUUCAUUUAUUUUGUGAAUGAUGGGGCUUUAGGUAAAAUUAUGUUUAUGGGUAUGUUUCCCCCAAAUUGUUUUUUCCUUCAUUCAUACCAUUUCAUAUAUGGUAUGCUAUAGGGAUAGGCUUCCAAAGUGGCUCAGUGGUAAAGAAUCUGCCUGCCAAUGCAGGAGACAUGGGUUCGAUCCCUGGGUUGGAAAUAUCCCCUAGAGAAGGGCAUGGCAACCCACUCCAGUAUUCUUGCUUGGAAGAUCCUGUGAAUAGAAGAGCCUGGUGAGAUCCAGGGAUUGCAAAAGAGUCAACGUGACUUAGCAACUGAGUAUGCAUGCAUGAUGUACUUAAGUACAUUAAAAAGAUAUAUUUUAAGGAUAAUGUUAGACUAUUCUUCUGUUUCUUAGUUUCUUUGCACAUGCUUAUCUUAUUUAGUAGUUAUUAACAUUGACUAUUCCUAAAGUUUUUAUUCUUUAUCUUUUCAGAAUCUUUAGAAGAACAAGAUGUUCUAGAUAAUAGUACAGAACAGACAGAUGACAAAAUACCA